GUAAAUAAAUAGGGGGAUCCUUUUGUUGUCAAGCCCUCUGAACAAAAUGAAAAAUGGCUGGAUUGAACUGAAAGGAGUGGACUGCCAGCCCAGACCUGCUAGUCUGCUUCAGUACCAUUUAUAUGACCAAUCACAGGCCAUGUUUCCAAUGAUAAAUAGAUAAUUUAGUUUGAAUUAUCCAAUCAUCUUGUGAUUCUGCUAUGGUUCCUUGAUCUGAUUGCCUGGACUUACAAGAGAUCUCGAUCGUCAGACGGUGCCAAAUCCAAGGAGAAGAAACAGUUGGAACCCAUGUGCAGCCCAGCCUCACUUAACCCAAAAUUCCUCUUCUCUCUAGAUUUGAUUGGUUCCAGAGCGUCUCAAACUGAUGAGCAUUUGAAAAGUCCCAACAUGAUUGGCAACUUGGCAUGGCCGUCUCUCUAUCACUAGCAUCGAGCCAGGAAUAUAUCCCUUUUCAGUGCCAGGAUCAUAAUCUAUGCGCUUUUAAAAAUGGUUCACGUAACUAACGGACACUUCCUCUGUGGGAAUAAUAUCUUUCAGCAAAUCGUAUUACAGAUAAUACAGCUGCCAGCUUCCAUUAUCCUCAGCUCAAUCAUCAUCUGUAUAAUAGUUCGAGAUCAAGACGAAAAAGAGAGAGGAAAAGCUGUAUACAUAGGGAGGCCCAUCUUUGCUGUCCCCUGGCCCGCCUCUCACUGUCAGUCACUUGUAGCUGGAGUGACCAGUGAGGCAGCAGCAGCUUGUAGCUAUAGCUGCCUUCUCCCCACGGGAAACCAAAAUUCGAUUCCAACACGCACGCGCACGCGCACGCGGAAGCAUCGCACCUCCGAGCGGCUGAGCUCCAGGGUCAGGGCCAUGGAGCGGCGGAGAAGGGGCGGCUGCUUCUGCUUGCUCGCCGUGGCGGUAGUGGUGGUGGCGGCGGCGGCGGCCGUCGGCGAGGCGAAGCUGUCGCCGGACCACUACCGCAGGACGUGCCCGCGCGUGGAGUCCAUCGUGCGGUCGGCGGUGGCCAGGAAGGUGAGGGCGACCUUCGUCACCGUCCCAGCCACCCUCAGGCUCUUCUUCCACGACUGCUUCGUCCAGGGCUGUGACGCGUCGGUGAUGAUCGCGUCCAGCAGCAACGACGCCGAGAAGGACGCGCCGGACAACCAGUCCCUCGCCGGCGACGGCUUCGACACCGUCGUGCGCGCCAAGGCCGCCGUCGAGAAGGCCUGCCCCGGCGUCGUCUCCUGCGCCGACAUCCUCGCCCUCGCCGCCCGCGACGUCGUCUCCAUGUCGUCGGGCCCGAGCUGGACGGUGGAGCUCGGCCGGCUGGACGGGCUCGUCUCCAAGGCCGGCGACGUCACGGGCAGGCUGCCAGGCCCGGACAUGCAGCCGGACGCCAUCACCGUGCUGUUCGACGGCAACGGCCUCGCCGUGCACGACAUGGUCGCGCUCUCGGGCGCGCACACCGUCGGCUUCUCCCACUGCGCGCGCUUCGCGGGGCGGCUCUAUCGGCGCGGCGCGGUGGACCCGUCGUUGAGCCCGUCGUACGCGCGGCAGCUGAUGGCGGCGUGCCCGCCGGACGUCGACCCGACCAUCGCCGUCGACAUGGACCCCGUCACGCCCACCGUCUUCGACAACAAAUACUACGCCAACCUCGCCGCGGGCCUGGGGCUGUUCGCCUCCGACCAGGCGCUGCACGACGGCGCCGCGUCGCGGCCGGCCGUGCAGGGGUUCGCCGGGAACCAGACGCUCUUCUUCGAGGCGUUCAAGGAGGCCAUGGUUAAGCUCGGGAGGGUCGGGGUGAAGAGCGGCGGCGACGGGGAGAUCAGACGAGACUGCACCACAUUCAACAGCAAGUAGGAGAGGAAACCGGCCGCCAGGCACGGUGACACUAGCUUUGUAACCGAGAAGAAAAGUUAUACGGUCUCGAUGCAUUGAUAAAAAGAAAAAAAAACAGUAUAAUGCACGCAAGUAGCAAACACAGUCUGAUCUAAAACUGUCUACAAUAUUCUUCAUUGUCAUGUGCACUACUGGUGCAGCCAAUGGAUCUUGUUUCUCGCUCUCAAAGAUAGAGCUCUUUUA